AGAAGGAUGUACCAAUGAGCUGAGCGGAGGGGCGGCCUCCGCGCGGGGCGGUCGCUGAGGCGCUGGUGCUGCUAGACGGAGGCGGCAGCCGGUCACGACGUGGGGCGGCCAGCGAUGAAGCCGCCUAGUUCAUUGCAAACAAGUGAGUUUGACUCAUCAGAUGAAGAGCCUAUUGAAGAUGAACAGACUCCAAUUCAGAUAUCAUGGCUACCCCUGUCACGAGUGAAUUGUUCUCAGUUUCUUGGUUUGUGUGCUCUUCCAGGUUGUAAAUUUAAAAAUGUUAGAAGAAAUAUCCAAAAAGAUACAGAAGAACUAAAGAGCUAUGGUAUACAAGACAUAUUUGUUUUCUGCACCAGAGGGGAACUGUCAAAAUACAGAGUCCCAAACCUUUUGGACCUCUACCAUCAGUAUGGAAUUAUCACUCAUCAUCAUCCAAUCCCAGAUGGAGGGACUCCUAACAUAGCCAGCUGCUGUGAAAUAAUGGAGGAGCUUGCAAUCUGCCUUAAGAAUAACCGGAAAACCUUAAUACACUGUUAUGGAGGACUUGGCAGAUCUUGUCUUGUAGCUGCUUGUCUCCUACUAUACCUGUCUGACACAGUUUCACCAGAGCAAGCCAUAGACAGCCUGAGAGACCUAAGAGGAUCUGGGGCAAUACAGACUAUAAAGCAAUAUAAUUAUCUUCAUGAGUUUCGGGACAAACUAGCCGCACAUCUAUCAUCAAGAGAUUCAUUAUCAAGAUCUGUAUCUAGAUAAAAAAGAAUUUCAAAUAACAUAUAUAUGACCAUGUCUGAAAUUUAAGAGCUAUUUAACAUAAUUUGUAUUGAAACAAAAUUUACUAGUGUUAUCAACUUGAAUGUAAAUGUGUACGUGCAAAUAUUCCUAAAGCUUUUAUUGACAAAUUUCAGUUGUAUCUCUUAUCUCUUAUAGAAGAUCGAAAAACUGCUAUAUAAUUUUUGAAAUGUACUGUCUCCUCUGGUAUGUUUUACUUAGAAAUAAUGCUGAAGUGAGCAUAUGGAAAAAUGUUUCACUGCCUAUUUUUAUUAUUUACCACACUUUUACCUCAUUUUAUGAUUUAUAACUACCAGGUGGAAUGCGACAUAGUAAUAAAUGUAAAAAUGGGUAUGAGUACAAACUAAAAUCAAGUACCUUUCACCCUCUGUUCCUCCCACUUUUCCUCCCAUGGCUUUUCCUCCUUCAUAGACAUACACGAGUGAGAAGGAUCCUAUGAAUCUUCUGGACACCUCCCUCCCAAUGCUGGAUCAUCCCCAAUAGGUGUUUAUCCAGCAUUUGCUGGAACAUUUUCAGAUAUGAGGAAUUCCUUGGUUCAGACAGGUGCUCUCUUUUUAGACCACUCAUUUUUUACCCUAGGGACUACACAGAAUGAAUUAAAUCCCUCUUUCACAUUUCUGUUAGAAAGCACUUAUCUACAGAUUAACAGUCUCCAAUUCCCUCCCUCACCUCACCCUAUGCUACUGAAUAUGUCUUUUUGUCUUUAAAUGUAAUGUUGAACAGUUGUUUGCACUGUAGACAAGGACAUUUUCACAGAUAGUGGUGGCUUUGGUAUCACCUGCAAUAGUCCCCUGGCUGUGACUGGCACUUCCCCACGAGACAAAGUAAAUUUCACAUCAAAACUUUUGGAAUAAUCAUCUAAUUGCCAAAAGUUUUCUUCUGUUUCAAACUUCUCUUGCUGCUUUAAUUUCAUUGGGGAAUACUUCAGAACAAUUACUAGUGCUUUUUGGGAACUUCAGACCAGACAGCCAGUAUGUUCCAGAAUAUAAAAUCAGUAUUCUAAUAUUUUUAUGUCUACACUGAUUUCAGAACUUAAGAUUUUAUAAGUAUACUAAGGAAGAUGGGAGAACCACACAUAUCCUACCAGUAUGUGAAUGUUUAAACUGUGGGGGUUUCUAAUCCAAGAUAAUAAUGCCAAAAGUUAUAGGUGGAAAAAAAUUUUUUUCAAGUAAGUACAGGCUGCAAUAAUAGGUUGACCUUCCUCAUGAUUUCAGUAUUACAACCAAAAACAAUUUACAAAUCACAAUACUUAUUAAACUUUAGGAAAUCACUGAAAUUGAUACUAGCAAAUCUUGUAUGUUGCUUCUCCUCAAUAGGAAUAUAAAGCUUAUUCAUGAACACUUAAGAAAGUGGAAGAAAAAGGUUGGCAUGCAUUAAUCAAAUCCUUUAAUAAUCAAAUGAAUUUCCCAAGUGCAUGCUUCUCUCAUUUUUACUGCAAAUGCCAGUUAAGCCUUCCAUGUUUAAAAUGCUUAACUACUUUAAUACUAAGUAUUAAGGGAAAACAUCAGUUAUUCCAUAACAGAAUCAUGGAAUGGGGCACUACUCAAAAGAAUAUAAUUUCACAUAGUUGGAAAAGUAUUUUCUCUACCUAACCUGUGGAACAGCCCUCAAACCAAUGGGGCAAAGAGACAAGGUAGAGUCCUGGUCACACACAAGCCAGAGUUAGCUGCUGAAACUGAAUUAACACAGAGACUCAGCCAUUAACCAUAAACUACACAAGGCCACAUUUGAGAUGGUUUUUAUUUAACAUACAAAAGCAAAAUAAAUUAAGCUGUAAAGUAGGGCUACUUAAGGGCAUUUUCUUUGGACAGCGGUACAGCACCGAUCAGGCUAACUUAGAUUUUAACAAACCGUGAGCACAGAUGGAUAACUACAUUCUAUGUUUCUCUCAGUUUUAGGGGUCUACCUAGUCAUCGACCUAUUAUUUAAGAAAUUUUUCUUCUCCAGAAUAUAUGAACAUGGUAAGCAAAGAGAUUUCAAUGUUUAGAAAAAGCACUGUACAAUAAAAUUAACUUCUUAUCCAUGUGA